AAAGCCAACAAAUGUCAAAAGCUACAAAACGGAUUUGCCUCCCCUUUCCUACCGUUAUCAACAAAAAGCCCAAACGGGCCCAAAUUCCGCCGCCUAAAAUAUUCAAAUCAAAUGAUUAAAAAGGAUAAGUAAAUAAUUGUCAUCCUCCAACGGCUCUUUUUCCUCCUUAUUCAAAAUCCCACCAAGAACAAUCAAGAACCCCAACAAAAAAAAAAAAAAAAAAAAAAAACUGCAAAUUUUCAAGAAACUGAAUUUUUUUCAAUCUCAACUAUGGAUACAACUCCUCCGUCUCAUCGAUCCGAACCUCGAACCCGAACAAAAUCAGCUUCAAGGCUCUCAAAACUCCGCGUUUAUGAUGAAGAAAGUGAAUCAGUCUCUCUUGAUAUUGUCCCUUCACCAAGACUAACUUCUUCUCCUUAUGGUAACGGCCUACCGCUCCACGAGCUUCUUCUUCUUUCUCCUUCUCCUCUACGAAGAUCCAAGACUCGUCUUGCUGAUAAGCUUGAGUUGAUUGAUGAUGGGGUUGAGCCUAAUGGGGUUAGAAGGAGGCGAAGGAGUAGGAAUUCUGCGAUUGGUGUUUCCCCACGUAAUAAUAAUCGGAGAUCGAGGAGAAGGUUAGAGCAAGAAAUGAGAGAAGAGAGGGAUUUGGGGUUGGUUGAAGAAGUGGUUAAACCAAGAAAGAAGAGGAAUGGUGGUAAAUCCAAGAAGGAUAAGCUUAGUUUGGUUCCUUCAAAUUCAACAAAAUCAAAUGAAGGAGAAGGGUGUGAUUUAAUAAACAGAAUUGAGCUGAUGUUAAGUGAUCUGGUGAUGUGGAAGGACGUGGCAAGAUCAAGUCUUUGGUUUGGUUUGGGGUCUCUUUGUUUCUUAUCUUCUUGUUUCGCGAAAGGAGUUACCUUUAGCAUUUUCUCUAUCGUAUCGCGAUUGGGGUUACUGUUUUUAGUUGUUUCAUUCUUCUCACGUUCGAUUCGCCAAAGAGAUGGUAGAGAGGUAAAGUGUGAAUUUCAGCUGACGGAAGAUGACAUUUUGAGAAUGGGAAGAUUGAUACUUCCAGCUGCAAAUCUUGCAAUUUCAAAAACAAGAGAGCUUUUUUCAGGAGAACCUGCUAUGACCCUCAAAUUGGUGCCAGUCUUGAUACUUGGAGCUGAGUAUGGCCAUUUGAUAACUAUAUGGAGGCUAUGUGCCCUUGGUUUUUUCAUCAGUUUUACUGCCCCAAAACUUUAUUCAUCUUAUUCUUGUCAGAUAUCUAGUAAAGCCAACUAUAUGAAAAAUCGGUUGCUGGUGACUUGGGGUGCUUGCUCUCACAAGAAGCUGAUAGCUGCAUCAAUAUUGACAGCAUUUUGGAACCUGACCACUGUCAGAACACGAAUCUUUACUGCAUUCAUAUGUCUAGUAAUAUUCAGAUACUGUAAACAACACGACGCGGCAAAGGUUGAUGAAGAAAUGGUUGAAGUGGAAGAAGAAGAAGAAGAGAAGCAGCAGGCAUUGGUUGUGUUAGAACCUGUCAAGAAAGGGACCUAAUUUUGCACUACUGUGUUAUGCCAAUGUACCACUGCUAUACUAGGUGGUGCCAAGCUACUAACACAAUAACCCCCCCUCCUUUUGUUAUUUUUCUCAAUCUAUAACCCCCUCCUUUUGUUAUUUUUCUCAAUCUAUAACCCCCCCUCCUUUUGUUAUUUUUCUCAAUCUAUAUAUCAAGAAAAAGAAAACCUUGUUGUAUUUUCCUAUCAAGAAAAAGAAAACCUUGUUGUAUUUUCCUUGUAUUUUGUAUAUCCAAUCAAAGCAAGGAGGAAGAUCUUCUAGUGCUCUUCUCGAAAUAAAGAAAUCUGAUCUUUACUUUUCAA